AUGGGUUUGUUUAGGCCCGGCCGGGCGAGGUCCGUCUUCCUUGCCAUGCUAGCCACUCUCCUCGUCUGCACGGUCUAUCUUUACUGGACUCCGACCACCGCCUCAUCCACCGUCUCUGUCGUACCCAGUACGGCCUUCGAGGUCCCCAUCAUCGAACGUCAAAAGGACUUUUGGAAAACCUUCCACCCUCUCCUCAGUCGUUAUGAGCCCAAAUGUCCUCCCCCGGCGAACAAGGGCAAUGUGCCCGCGGUUCAUUUCGAUCCCAAUGAGGGUAUACCACGGCCCGAUCUAUCCAAGUUGACCGAGGAGUGUCUGUGGUUAUUGGAAGGGGCGCAUGACCAAUUUGUGAAGGAGAUCAGCAAACCGGGACGAGAUUUGAAACCGGUCCAUAGCCAUACCCCAGGCACGCGAGGAAUCGUAUCCACCGCCGGUUCGACGUACAUGCCAGUCUUUAUCAACUCAUUACGCAUGCUUCGCCGCGCUGGGUCCACGCUUCCCGUCGAAGUAUAUAUGAAAGACAUGGGUGAAUACGAGAAGCAUAUCUGUAAUGAGGUACUUCCGGAUAUGAAUGCGCGGUGCUUAGUGAUGGGUGACAUCGUGGGCAAGGAGGCUAUCGAGCACUAUCAGCUCAAGAUAUUCGCUAUCCUCUUCUCCUCUUUCGAAGAAGUUAUUUGGAUGGAUGCGGAUUGUUUCCCGUUAGGUAAACCGGAGGAUCUCCUCGACUCGGAACCAUACAAAUCAACUGGCCUAGUUACCUGGCCAGAUUUCUGGUUCUCCUCCGCAUCUCCUCUAUAUUACCAGAUUUCGAAGCAACCGGUUCCACCUAUGACGGCCCGUCAGUCAACAGAGGCCGGUGUGAUUCUCGUGUCUAAGAAAACACAUUUCCUGCCUCUCUUACUCGCAGCCUAUUAUAACUUCUACGGUCCUUCACAAUACUUCCGACUGCUGACCCAAGGAGGUCCUGGAGAAGGGGACAAGGAGACUUUCGUCGCCGCUGCCUCGGCACUCAAAGCUCCGUUCUAUACCGUGAGUGAGACGGUGCGACCAAUUGGGCAUUUCGAUGAGCAUAAAAGUUCGGGGUCGGCUAUGGCCCAAGCGGAUCCACGGGAAGACUACGCCCUGACCUCACAAGGCAAAUGGAGGGUGAAUGACCCAGCCGUGGCGCCCGCUCCGCCCGUCUUCUUUAUCCAUGCGAACUUUCCGAAAUUCAACCCGGGAGACAACGUUUUCGGUACGGGAUGGGAGACGACUCCCACAAUUGACGAGAAUGGCACGGAUGUGCGGGCAUGGUCAGGUCCCCCCGACGUACUCGAACGGUUCGGAUUUGAUGUGGAGAAAGCUUUCUGGGAGGAGAUCAAAUGGGUCACUUGCAAAUACGAAACAGUCUUUGAAUCGUGGAAAAACAAAGCAGGCCUUUGUCAGAAAGUCGAGGACUACUGGAAUAACGUUUUCGCCGAGCCGCACGACAACGCCCUGAAGUUUACCCAAGACGGUUGA